UGUUUUUGUCAGGUUUGUGGAAGCGCGUAUUUUUUACCGUGAAAUGAGAGUUGUUUAUUUUAUAUUUAGAUAUUAUAAAUUUCAGGAUGGUGUUUAGUCCUAGCGGCCUUAUCCCAGCGAGAUUUCUGUCUCUCAUAUCACAUCUUGUUAUUACCAUAUUGCUGUUGUGGUCCCGAGAUGAGAACGUCAAGUCUUCGUUGCCCUUAGAGUAUUCUGUAAUAGAGUACGCUGCAAGGGAUUAUCAAAUGACAGUCGGCUUGUGCGUUGCCUUGGCGCUGAUUGGGCUGGAGCUGGUCACCUUCCUGUUCGGGGUGACCAUGUUCAUGCCGACCACGUCAACUAUUUUGAACUCUCGUUGCACGGUUUGUGACCUUGACGACGUAGCCGUGCUGUGCCACUCGAGCGGGAGCGUGCUGCUGUCGCACUUCCUGUUCGACGCGUGGAACUGCCGGCUGUACUGGUGGGUGUUCGCGCUGUGCAGCGUGCUCCCGGCGGCGGUCGACCUCGCCUCCGGGGCAGCCCUGCUGCUGUUCAGGAGGAGCUAGUCGCUUCGGGGGAGUUGCAGCUCUCGGUGAACCAAACUGAAUAGAUUUUUCAUUCGUCGAAACCUCGUGGAGUUCAAGUGACGUUGCAAGACGAUAUGCUGGUUGGAACAGAGCAGACGAAAGUCUUUCUCAGCAUCUGGUUCACCUCCUUCAAGCGGGUAUGCCUAGUUGUUCUUAGUUGUUCUUCAUUAUGUGGAAGCGAGGGGAAGAAUUUGUGAUGGAUAGGUGGGAAGAAUGGAAGCAAGUCCAGAAGAUUUUAUAUUUAGGAAGCUUGGUUUGAACAGAGGUAACAACGUGACAUUCGUCGGAGGUUUGCUUUUUCUGCCAGGUUUUCUUAGUUCAUACGUAAGGAACUCAUAUUCACCAUUGUAAACUGAUUUGUAGUAGAGGGUGUAUGGUUAUUCCUUUUCAAAAUGGAACCGUACAGAGUCUGCGCCAGGUUUGUGUGCCCUUUAAACAUACGGUGGCACCCAUAUAUCUCAAACUGACUAUCAUGUGUAGAAUGGACAAGGCCUUAUGACCACAAUAUAUAUCAAUUUUAUGGACACAAUAAUUACUGUAAUUCUAGAUUCUAGGUUGAGUGUGUUAAUGGGGAAAAAUCUGAUUCAGGGUUUAGAAGCUGUGAAUGUGUGUGUGUGUUUUUUUUUUUUUUUCACCCUUCUGAAGUUAGUAUACCUCCUAAAACUAGUACCAAUAACUUUUGUCUAAAAGGGUUUUUUUAUUACACAAAAAAUCAUCUCCAGGAGUGGGACAAUAGUCCAUUAUGUUCAAAUGUACAUAAAUCUGAACUUCAUGAUUUACCUGCACUUGUAGGCAGAGCCAAGAGUGAUUUUUUUUUAUUCAUUAUUCAAAUCUUAAUGUUCUUUGUCAUGCUAUUAAUUUAAGGAGUACCUAGAUAGUUGCAGUGUUAUUUAAUUGUCUGUCCUAACAGCGAGAACACUUUUUUGAAAGAUUAAUGAAAGAGAUUAAAAUAAUUACUAAAUACCGUAUAUACUCGUGUAUAGCGCGCCCUUUUUUCCCCUCAAGUAAAGGAAAAAAAUAAGGAUGCGCGCUAUACACGGAAAAAAAAAUUUUAGGGUGGGGGGGAGGCGGGGAGGAGUGGAAGUCGUUAACUGCCGGGUGACGGGUGAUGUUUCUGGCCAGCCCCCACACAUACGCACAAGCAACAAGGCCUCUGUUUCACACACACACACACACACACACACACACACACACACACACACACACACACACACACACACACACACACACACACACGCGUGCGCGCGCAAGCUCGCACAUCAUGGUCUCUUGUUUAUUUUUAGACCUCCCCCCUUUUCAGAUAGCCAGCUCAGAAGUAGUAAAAAGAGAGAGAGAGAGAAAGAGAGAAUGUUGUCACCAGUUCCCUCCCCCCCCCCGGCCAGCUUCUUCGCUUCCUCCAUUCCUCACCGGUGAGUCAUCAAGUUCUCCGCGCCAGCUUAGCAACGUAGCUCGGCACGCCUCCCUCCCUUCCUUCCUUCCACGUACCAGUUGUGACGAUAUAGCGCUUCAUUAUCUUCCGUUUAGACAGCAGAGUUUAUGUAUUUUCCUGACGCAUCACCACACAUCAAUUUAAAUAAUCAGGUACCACAAAAUGUUAGUAAAAUUUAUUUAUGGGGGAAAAAAAAAUUUCAUUUUUUUUUCUUUGGAAUUAGUUGCAAAAAUCGUGGUGCGCGCUAUACACGAGGGCGCGCUAUACACGAGUAAAUACGGUACAUUUUGAGUACUCGUGAUCAUAACUGAGUGUCAAGUGCCCAGUAGUGACUAGAAUGCCUAAAUUGAAAUUUUAUAGAAGACAAAAUAGUGGGCACUGUAACUUAAAAAAUUUGCAAAUUGUAGUUGAUACGGUUGGUUGAAAAUUUAGACUAAUCUAAACAGUAAGUUGUGUUUAUUGCAUCUGUAUUGUGUGAAAUCUAAAAAGCAAAUAUGAAAGUUUGAUUUUUUGGAGGCUCCCCAAUAAUGACAAGUUGUAUUUUUUUUUUAUUUGAUAAGUUUUUUAUAUUUAUUAUUGUGUCUCUCUUAGUCAAUUAGAUAUUUUAUUUCUGAGUGUGAAGUGUUUAAAUGGAGAAAUUAGGUUGAAAAUAAUUUGGAGGAAAAAUUGAUAAUAGGAUGAAUAAACAUUGUAUUUUAAAAAUUGUAAUUUUUUUAUGUUUUAUAAAAUACUGAAAAGAAAAAAAGGAUGUUUAUAGAAAGUGAGUUGGUAUGUAAACGUAGUAGUUAAAAAAUAUGAACCUAAAAUAGUCAAAUUUUGUUUAUAAUUUGUCAGUAGGGCCAACAUGAAGACUAACAAAUUGCAUCUGUUCCAUGUAUGUUGGUGUGUGUAAUGUGACUGUGUUGCAAGCCUGUAACCACACACUUAUCGAGAUUUUUUAUUUUUAUGUAUGUGACUCACUGUGUUUCAUAUGUUUGCGAUUUGUCAAAUUUUGGAGACUGUGAUGAUUUCAAAUUUGUACUGUUUGUUUAUUUUUUAAUAAAAACAUUUUUUCCUUGAAA